AUGAUCAACGAAUCGGUCAAGGAAAAGGAACCCGUCAAAACACUUAAGAACAUCAAAGCUGAGACGGCGAUGCCCGCGGUCACUGCGCGACCAGCGUCUCCGCCGUCGUUUGAUGGUUUAGUGAAAAACCGUGUUUUGGACUCUUUUAAACAGGAAAACGAUCUACAUUCAUGCUCUUCGGUGGAAUCGCUAGAGUCUCUAAGACAUACACCGGAACCGUUGUCGUUGUCGUCGUUUUCGACGGCGAGCGGGUCUAAAAAAUACAUCAGCAACGAUUUCUCACCCUACGGAAGUCGAUCCCAGUCUCAAAGCCCGGUGAACGGCUUGAAGAUUCGUCCCACUUGUACUACAUCCUACCUUAAACCACGCAAAGAGUAUACGGGAUUCCAAAUAUCCGGCUACAAGAAGAAUCACGUGCACGUUGUUUUGCAAACCGUGGAUUUACCGGUGCAAGGCUGUGAGACCGCAUGCGUUCCGCAUUUGACUGGUUUUUUCACUAUUCGGGGUCUCACAGAGCAUCAACCCGAAAUCACCACUUUUUUCGAAGGUUUCGCGGCGACCUCCAACUCCGGGUUUUUGUCCUCAGACAUGCCUUCUCAACUCAAGGACUUGACGGCUGCAGACUCCACAGACUUGGAGCAUUGGCUCAAUUUCCCCAGUUUCCAGGAAAUGUGUCGCGACGAAAAAGUUGCAUCGUCAAUCGCAGACGGCUCGUACGUGCACUCUGAAUACCUAGAGAAAAGGUUCAUCUACAUGCGUUGGAAGGAGAGAUUUCUGGUCCCGGACGCAGAGCUUGAUUCAGUGGAAGGUGCCUCGUACGAGGGAUAUUACUACAUUGUUCACGACCAGCUGACCGGUGAUGUUCUCGGUUUUUACUACCAUGCGGACGCAGAACGCUUCCAAAGACUGGAACUGGCACCCGUGAACGACAGGACAAGUGGUAGUUGUGGAUUUGAAUUCAAUUGA